AUGAUUGUCGCUGAAACUGGUCCUUUGUCAUUCCAAAUGGAAGUGGAAAGCCGAAUUGAUCCAAAACUUGUGGAUCAUCGAAGUAGAGAGACAUUCCAACAACCAGCUAUUCCGCCAGUGAUUAACGUCAAACCUUUAAUCCCGGAGGUGAUAGAUCAACCUAGAAUAGACAUACCUGAUGUCUCGUUAGGAUUGCCUAACCCUGAAUUGCCGCUUUCCAAGGAUGUACCGUAUGCUGCAAUUCCUGAUCAUGUCGAUCCAGUAGUAGAGCAAUGUUACAUCAGCUGCUCAUCUAACUGUGAGCUCAAAAUGGGAAAGAUCAUCUUUUACGAGGACAGGAACUUCCAGGGUCGGCACUAUGAGUGCAGUAGUGACAGCGCUGACCUGUCCCCUUACUUCAGCCGAUGUAACUCCAUCCGUGUUGAGAGUGACUGGUGGGUGAUAUAUGAGAGACCCAAUUACAUGGGAUACCAGUAUGUUCUGAGCAGGGGAGAAUAUCCUGACUACCAGAGCUGGAUGGGAUUCAAUGACAACAUCAGGUCAUGUCGCUCCUACCCAUAUGUAAGUGGAAACUAUAGAAUGAGGAUUUACGAGAGACCUGACUUUGGAGGACAGAUGAUGGAAUUCAUGGAUGACUGUCCAUCUGUCUACGAUUGUUUCCGUUACCGUGACAUUCAUUCGUGCCAAGUGAUGGGUGGUUACUGGAUCUUCUAUGAACAUCCCAACUACAAAGGCCAACAGUACUUCCUGAGACCCGGUGAAUACAGGAGAUACAGUGACUGGGGCGGCUACAACUCAACUAUCGGAUCUUUCAGGCGCAUGAGGGAUUUCUAG